AUGUCCACGGGAGGUGAAUAUGUGGUGGACGCACUUGGAAGUGCAUGUUUUGCAAACAGAUAUCCAAGCAAGUGGCAAUGGUCAAUGUCCUUUGAUUCAAUCGUUAAUGGUGGUCUAUUAUCUUCUUGGUUGGAAGAUGGGGUGGUAGACGAGGUCGAUGUUGACCCAAGUGCAUUAGUCAAGGAACGACCAGAGGUUGACGAGGUCGAUGUUGACCCAGAUACAUUGGACAAGGAAGAACUAUUAGAGGAAUGGUCGCUAUGCUAA